UAAAAAUUAAAGUAAAACUAACUAAACGACCAUAUAAAUAAAUAAAAAUAAAAAAAUAAAACCAUUAUGGCGAACACUGCACAACUUUUGCGACGACAAAGCUCGCGCGACAUCGUGCUGAAGAGUCAGAAGAGCAUUGACCAUAUGGAAUUACGGGAAAUGCGUGGUCGUCUUGUACCCAAAGAACACCAUGGCAGUGGGACACAUCAUCAUCACCCCCACCAUCAUCAGCCACCUAUGUAUGGUGCAACCAAUCAAGCAUUUCUGGGUGAUGCUUUUGAUGAAUCGACCGAAUUGGAACCGGACGGUUUCGGUGCAGAGGCGAGUACCAGUAAAUCAAAAGCUGAAUUGGCAGCGGCAGUUUCGGCCACAGUUGAAGCAGCUGAAGAGGACAUUGUCGAGGGUGGAAAGGAGGGUGAUGAGCGCGAAAGUUGGGACAAUAAAAUCAUGUUUCUGCUAGCUACUAUAGGCUAUGCCGUUGGCCUGGGUAAUGUCUGGCGUUUUCCCUAUUUGGCGCAAAAAAAUGGCGGUGGUGCCUUUCUUGUGCCCUAUUUCAUAAUGUUGUGCAUACAGGGAUUGCCGAUAUUCUAUCUAGAAUUGGCUGUAGGCCAACGACUGCGCAAAGGUGCGAUUGGUGUGUGGAGUCAGGUCUCGCCCUAUUUAGGCGGCAUUGGCAUUUCAUCCGCAGUUGUCAGCUAUAUAGUGGCUUUGUAUUAUAAUACCAUAAUUGCCUGGUGCCUCAUAUACUUGUUGCAUAGUUUUGAGUCACCUUUGCCGUGGGCCGAUUGCCCCACACGCCUCUAUGCCAAUUAUACUUAUGACCAUGAGCCGGAAUGUGUGCGAAUACAUAUAUUGAACAUCUUUCAUUCGAGCACCAAUAAAAAAAUGGCUGGAAGAGUUGUGAGUAUAUUUAUAUAAAAAAAAAA